AAUAUAUGUUAGAGGCACUUGGAUUCGUAGCUGUGAUCCUUCUGAAAAGAGUGACGUGGUUUUUGUCAUUUGUACAUAAUGCGCAACAAAAUCUGGGACCACAGAGUUACAGUUGCUGACAUUUUUAAUAAUGAAUGGUCGGCAGAUCAGGCAUUAUCUAUAGAGACUGAAUUUCAAGCCUUAUCUCUCAGAUCAGUAUUGAUAUCAGUGACCAGAACAUUUUGAGCCCAAAGAUGAGCACUGACAUUCUUAACAAAACUAGUUUCAGAUGAAGUCUAGUUCUGGCUCUGCAAAAAAGACUAGCAGUCCUCUGAUCCUCAAUAAAAUACCACAGUCAAUUUUUAGGUUGUUGCUUUAAAUGAUUCAUAUUUCCACUUUUGACUAGUUUGUGUCCAAGAAAUAAGAUAAGUAAUAAGAUCCUUCCUGCAAUCUAACUGAAGCGUGAAGCUCUUACUCACAUUGUUCUUUGGCGUAUGCACAGAAACAUCACCAAAAGUGAAAUAGCAAUACUAGAUCUUUAAAACAAACACCUUCGUUAAAUGCUAUGUACCGUCAUUUGAAUUCCUAAGUACUAAAAUUUCAGUGCAGACUUACAGCUACCAGAUAUGCCAGUUGUGCAGCCAAAAAGGACGAGCAGCACAGCCAAAGCACAAAGAUUGCUAUUCCAAUGCAACAUGGUCCUCUGUGGUGAGAUCAGCAGAGACUUUGUUACACCAAGUAAAGUUUAUAAUUAUUGCUUUGACUGUGACACACAUAGACAUUAAGUGUCUCAUUUUCAUGCAAAGUAGGAGUUUUUGCCUCAAAUGGAUGCAACCAUAAGAGUAAUAGAGCACUUAUAUCCUGGCAAACCUUCUGACCAAUAAACAAGCACUCGUGUGUAAUUCGGUCCACUUUAGCUGUUGCAGUGUGAAACCAACCGAAUCGAAUAAAAAUGAUACAAAAACCCAAACUCUGGUUCGGACUUUAGCACCGAACUAGGUGUGAAAACAGCCUUAAUAUCAAAUCUUCUCAGCACUGAAGAAAAGAAAAUGAAGAAAAGAACCUGAAACAUAUGUUUGACUGAGCAGAAAAAAAAAUACUCUAUUAGGACGAAAUGGAACACAUCGUUCAUUUUCCUCAGUUCCUGUUUUUGCUGUUACUUGAGACCACAGCUUGGCUCUCAGUACUCAGUCACUUCUUCGGACGAGACAGAGAUCAGGUGAGAAAAUGAAGACCAGCGUAGCUGUGAUGAGGAGCCUGGCCACCGUAGCAAUCGUCACUUUUACUAUCUGGACCUCAGCAGUCAGUCCCUGCUGUGUCUCUGUCUCGAGCUCCAUGGUGGUGGAACCCCUAAAAGCUUUCAGGUUACAGGAGAGGAGCCCUCCAUGCGUCAAAGCUGUCAUCUUUGAGACAGAAAAUGGACAUUUCUGCAUCGAUCCAGAAGAGCCUUGGGUGCAGGAGAAGAUUGAAGAGUUUAGAAGACAACAAAGGACGACAGUGUCUCCAACCUCUGUGUCACCUCACGAUGAUCUGAAAAUCACUUCUACCUAUACAGGUGCUGAGAAAGUCAGUUCCUGCUGUGUCUCUGUCUCGAGCUCCGUGGUGGUGGAACCCCUAAAAUCUUUCAGGUUACAGAAGAGGAACCCUCCAUGCAUCAAAGCUGUCAUCCUCGAGACAGAAAAGGGAACUUUCUGCAUCGAUCCAAACCAGGCUUGGGUGCAGAAGAAGAUUGAAGAGUUUAGAAGACAGCAGAAGACAACAGUGUCUCCAACUUCUGUGUCACCUCACGAUGAUCUGAAAAUCACUUCUACCUAUACAGGUGCUGAGAAAGUCAGUUCCUGCUGUGUCUCUGUCUCGAGCUCCGUGGUGGUGGAACCCCUAAAAUCUUUCAGGUUACAGAAGAGGAACCCUCCAUGCAUCAAAGCUGUCAUCCUCGAGACAGAAAAGGGACAUUUCUGCAUCGAUCCAAGACAGCCUUGGCUGUGGAAGAAGAUUGAAGAGUUUAGAAGACAGCAGAAGAUGACAGUGUCUCCAACUUCUGUGUCACCUCACGAUGAUCUGGAAAUCACUUCUACCUAUACAGGUGCUGAGAAAGUCAGUUCCUGCUGUGUCUCUGUCUCGAGCUCCGUGGUGGUGGAACCCCUAAAAGCUUUCAGGUUACAGGAGAGGAACCCUCCAUGCGUCAAAGCUGUCAUCCUCGAGACAGAAAAGGGACAUUUCUGCAUCGAUCCAAACCAGGCUUGGGUGCAGAAGAAGAUUGAAGAGUUUAGAAGACAGCAGAAGAUGACAGUGUCUCCAACUUCUGUGUCACCUCAUGAUGAUCUGGAAAUCACUUCUACCUAUAUAGGCAAGAUAUACUAGGCAAAAAUAUA